AUGAGAAAGGAGGAGGCGUGCGAUAUAUCUUUGGGGGAAUGGGUGUCUAAUCCGGAUGGGCCUUACUAUACAAAUGCAUCGUGUUCAACAAUUCAAGAACAUCAGAAUUGCAUGAAAUUUGGGAGGCCGGACACGGGCUUUCUCAAAUGGAGGUGGAAACCGCAAGGGUGCGACCUCCCCAUUUUUGAUCCACUUCAGUUUUUGGAGAUCAUGUCAGGGAAGAAGAUGGCCUUCGUUGGGGAUUCUGUAUCAAGGAAUCACAUGCAGUCUUUGAUCUGCCUCUUAUCUACGGUGGAAGAGGCUGUAGAUGUAUCAGAAAUACCAUACUGGUCUCAGUUCAAGCGAUACGAGUUUAGAAAAUACAAGUUGAGCAUCGCCAUCUUCUGGUCCCCGUACCUGGUUCGGACCAGCCAAGAAGACCCAGCCGAUAAGAAUUCCGAGAGCCGGCCCUUCAACCUCUUCCUUGACGAGCCUGACCCCAAAUGGACACAAGAGAUUCCAGGCUUCGACUACCUUAUCAUCUCCGCCGGCCACUGGUUCUUCCGCCCCACCAUGUUCUACAUUCAAGGCCGACUAGCCGGCUGCCUCUACUGCCCCCAAUCCAAUAUCACCCACCUGACCUCCUACUUCAGCUACCGCCGGGCGUUUCGUACAGCCUUUCGGGCCAUCAUCCAGCAGGCAAAUUUUACUGGAAUAACCUUUCUGAGGAGUUUUGCGCCAUCCCAUUUUGAAAACGGGUAUUGGGACAAGGGUGGGGAUUGUGUGAGGCAGAGGCCAUACAGGGCUGAGGAAACUCGGUUGGAGGGGUAUAAUAUGGAGCAUUAUAGGAUCCAGUUAGAGGAGCUGAAGAUAGCUCAACGGAUGGGUCGGGGGAGAGGCUUGAAAUUCAGGAUGAUGGAUGUGACCCGGGCCAUGUUGAUGAGACCUGAUGGGCAUCCAAGCAAAUACGGGCACUGGCCAAAGCCAAAUGUGACAUUGAUCAGUGACUGUGUCCAUUGGUGCUUGCCUGGUCCUGUCGAUUCUUGGAAUGAUUUUCUCAUCGAACUGUUGAGAAGAGAAGAAGAAUUAGGUAGAGUUCAAUCCAUUUAAUUGCAGGCAUCAAACAUAUAUAUAU